CUCCUCAUGCCAGCCCUUUCCCUCCCGCUGGAACUCCGAUAAGCGCGCGCCGCCGACGGCCGCGACCCCAGCCACUCCGCCCAACCUCCCUUUGGCGGGAACGGCGGCAGAUCAACCAAAUCUGCGAGGACAACGGCCGGGGGGACGGCACGUACGUGACCGCCGCGGGGAAACCGAAGAAUGGCGUACCGGGCGGACGACGACUACGACUACCUCUUCAAGGUGGUGCUCAUCGGCGACUCGGGGGUCGGGAAAUCCAACCUCCUCACGCGGUUCACGCGCAACGAGUUCAGCCUCGAGUCCAAGUCCACCAUCGGGGUCGAGUUCGCGACAAGGAGCAUCAGGGUCGACGACAAGGUCGUCAAGGCGCAGAUCUGGGACACCGCCGGCCAAGAGAGGUACCGUGCAAUUACAAGUGCAUAUUACAGAGGAGCGGUUGGUGCGCUUGUUGUGUAUGACGUGACACGGCAUGUGACCUUCGAGAACGUUGAGAGGUGGCUGAAGGAGCUCAAGGACCAUACCGAUGCCAAUAUUGUGAUCAUGCUCGUUGGCAACAAGGCCGACCUGCGACACUUGCGGGCUGUCUCUGUGGAGGAUGCCAAGGCAUUUGCGGAGAGCGGGUACACCUUUUUCAUGGAAACCUCUGCCUUGGAGGCCAUGAAUGUAGAGGACGCCUUUACUGAGGUGCUAACGCAGAUCUACCGAGUGGUCAGUAAGAAAGCCCUUGACAUCGGCGAUGACCCUGCUGCUCCACCACGAGGGCAGACCAUCAACGUCGGGUCAAAAGACGAUGUCUCCGCCGUAAAGAAGGCUGGAUGCUGUUCAUCUUAAUCCGUAUUGACUGUGAAAAGUGUACCAAGCCCUUGACUGCUCAUAUGCUGGGUACCUGUGGAAACAAGAGAAUGUCAUGGGCACACUUUCGGAGGCCCAUAUUUAUCCCAGGGCUAGAAAAGAUAAAACACUAACAGUAACAUUAAAUGGGCAGCCAUUUUUUGGAGGCUAUCAUGGUAUCCUGGUUGUUGCAUUCUUGUUGCAUAUUCGAUGCCAGGAAUUCCUUUCACAAUUGAUUAUGUAACAUACCCUAUUAAAUGUG